AUUUGUCCUCUUCGUGUUCUGAACCUUAAUCAUCUUUGUUUAUUGUAUUUAGGGAGCAGAUGGAGAACACUGAUGUGAAGAAGAUCAUUCAGGAUAUUUAUGAAGCAGACAAAGCUCAGGCCAAAGCUAACAACCUCUUGGAGAGAGCGAGCAGAAACAAAGAUGAGACCAAAGACAGGAUCCGAGAUGCUGAAGACACACUGGACAACAUCGAGGAGAGGCUCAUGAUUCAGACCAAAGACCUGCAGAAAGAGAUUGAAGCUAUGAAGGACAAAACUGAAGAGAACAGAGAGACAGCGAGAGAAGCCAGAGAGGUGGCAGAGAGCGCUUUAAACAUGACCACUGAUGCAGACACGGAGCUCAGUGAUGUCACUAAGCAGUUUGAGGUUUUAAAGCAAAAUCAACAGAAUCAGGAGGUCAAGGGUCAAGCUGCUGGUCGACUGAAGAACAUCAUGAUGGAAGCUGAGGACAUGAAGAGACAAGUGGAGGACAAACUCCAGCAGAUACAAGGUCAGACCGCUGACCUGCUGGUGUGUUUGAGGCGUGAGGUGUGACCUUCAGAUAAACUCUGAGGCACUGAAAUGUCAUUUCUGUCGUCACUGGACAAAGUAAAAUCCCUGUCCCCAUCACAGCUUUGCUUCUGUGUUUAACUAUUGUAUGUUUCCGGUCAUGUAUCUCCACUCCCACUUCUAUAUAUAGAUGCAUAAAUACAAUAAUGUUUAUUUUGUAAAUAUAACUGAAAUAACAAGAAAAAAGAAAAACCUUAACAUCAAGUUUCGUGAUUAUCUCUAUGUCUACACAAUGUGUAUGCUAGAAAAUGAGUAGGAUAAAGUUUGCACCUUUUCUGUUCCUACCCCCUCUUUUCAAAUUCCAGUAUUUACAAAUCAGUAUUCAGACUUCGACAUUAUAUAAUCCAUACAUGUUUAACUGUAUACAAGUCUACUCAUAUACAACACACACAUAAUUUAAGCUUAUAAACCAAAACAACAAACUACAAUUUUACAUAAACUAAGCACCCGAUGGAUAACACCCACUAAAUCUCAAACUAAAUCAAGUGGCUUUAUUGUCAUUCCAACCUUGUGCUGUGGUACAGUACAUGUCACGGCGAGUGAGAGGAGCCGUGUGAAAAUAAUAAAUGAGGAUCCAAAUGCAGGCAGUCGUGAAGAUGCGAAGGUGGUUUAUUGAACACGAAAUAAGGACAAACAGCAAAUGGAGCUCGAACUAAACUAUACUGGGAAACAACUAAACUAUAGCGCAGAAACCAGAACAUGAACAUGAAGCAGGGCGAGCAGAGGCAGACGAUGGUAGACAGCAGGGUGAACACACGAGCGAGACACGGUGGUUACACAGACGGACCAGCAACUACAAUGACGGAGGACACGACUUAAAUACACACAGAGAAACACGGGAAUUACACACAGGUGGUGGACACAGCU